AUGCAAAAAAAGAGUGAAAAAAGUACUCAUAAAAUUUUUAACAGUGCAAAUUUUGGAUGAAAAAAGUACAAAGGGAAAAAAAAAACAGAGGAAAAAAAGUACAUUGACUUUUUAUAUGAAAAUACUAAUUUUUUAAAAUAUGUUUACCUUAAAAUGAGAAGAACGCAUCAAUUUAAUUUUGCUGAUAUAUUAAUUCUCACUCCACCCCCUUUAAAAUUGGAACAAAUAUAG